AUGGCCUCCUACUCUGGGGAGCCAGGGCUCCUGUCCUGUGGGUCCUGUGACAUGGUUUUCCGCUCCUGGGCCCUGCUGGCUACCCACACUCAGCGCUUCUGCAUUGGCCAUCUGACCCGAGAGGUAACACCUGGUGCACACCCCUCAACAGGCCGCCUCUGGCCAAACCGGGCGGGUAUUCAAACAACUCUUUGAGGAUUUCUCAUCCCACACCCUCGCCAGGUUGUGCCACAAGGACAACAGGGCAUCUCAGACCAAGAGGCCAGCAAAUUGGCUCUGAAGAAGCUAACGGAGGAGGUGCAGCGGCUGCGGCUGUACCUACAGGAAAUGCAACCCUGGAUAACAGAGGUCCCCCGAAGAUCAGAAGGGCUCCGAAGACGUUGUGAGGCGCUGACUCAGGGCCCCACCCCAGAAGCUGCUGGAAGCCCGGGAGAGAGGCUUUGGGCAUUGCAAAGGACUCGCGCAAAGCGGAUGGUGGAGACGAAGGCACAGAGCCUUGCCCUGGAGCGACGCAACGAGGAACUGAGCCAACGCCUCCAAGGUUUGGCCCAGACCCGGGGCGGAAUAUCACGCCUUAUCGGCCUGGAGCGGGAGCUUCGAGAACUCAGGGCAGAAGGCCGGCGAACGCGGGGAGCUCUAGAAGUGCUAGGGGCGCACGUUCAACAGCUACAGCCAGAGUCCGGGACCGGGCUCAACCCCUUGCGACAGGCAGAACUCUGUUGUCCGGUACUACAGGCCAACCCAGGGACUCUGGCUGCCGAGAUCGGGGCCCUGCGUGAGGCCUAUGUUCGAGGCGGGGGCCGGGACCCCGGCGUUUUGGGCCAGAUAUGUCAGUUGCAAGUGGAGGCCUCAACACUGGAGCUGCAGCGGUUGCGGACUCGCAGGGGAAGGAAGGCAGAUGCCACACUGGGGGAGCUUCUAGUAGUGGAAGCUGAAAACCGGCGCCUGGAGGCAGAAAUCCUGGCCUUGCAGAUGCAGAGAGGCGCAGGCCCUGCGUCCUGGCUUCAGCGACCGCUGCCUCCUGGAACCAUGACCAGAAACCUAGGCCUGGAUGCACACUUCCUCCUGCCCACUUCUGACGUUCUGGGCCCUGCACCCUACGACCCUGGGGCUGGUCUGGUCAUUUUCUAUGACUUCCUUCGGGGACUUGAGGCUUCUUGGAUUUGGGUACAACUACUGACCGGUUUGACCCGAGAUGGACAGGAUACAGGAGGGGUCACAGCAUUGCCCCCAGCCCUUUGCUUGCCCCCACCUCCAGCUCCUGGGCCCAUGGGCAACUGUGCCAUCCUUGCCAGCAGGCAGCCUGUACCCAGACUGCCACCUUCACCAUCAGUAUCCUUGGUCUGUGAGCUACAGGCCUGGCAGGGGCUGGCAUGGGCUACAGCACCACAGCCAAAGGCUUGGGCCUCACUGGUGUUAUUUGACCGGGAUCAAAGAGUGCUAAGUGGUCACUGGCGUAUUCCACUUCGGGCCCUUCCUCUGGACCCCAGCCUUAGCCUUGGGCAGCUGAAUUGGAUUCCCCAGGUAGGUCAGGCUGAGCUCUUUCUGCGACUGGUUAAUGCAAGAGAUGCAGGUGUCCAGACACUGGCAGAGAUCAAUCCAGCAAGUGCCCAGGAAUACCAGUACCCACCUCUGAUGUCCAGUUCGCCUUCACUGGAAGCCAGCUCCCUUGCCCCAAAAGCUGGCUUUGUUGAUCCCCCUCCUCCCACAGAAGAGCCCCUCAGAGUCAAGGUUUGAGACGAGGGUUUGGGCCCUCAUCACAGCUUUGACUUACUCCCUCUGGCUUUGAGUCUAGGAAAAUAUGGGCAGGAGUAG